AUGGCCGCGAAUCUCGAAAAGGAAGAGAAAUCGUCCGUCACUGGCGUAGACCAAAUUGUCACCAAGCGCAAGGAUGCAGGUGUACAGAACAUCGAAGUCUACGCCCAGCAGUACAACAAAGUCGGAUAUCGUUUAAUGCUAUUCUUUUCAAUUUUCAUAGUUGCUUACGCUUACGGACUUGACGGACAGAUUCGCUACACCUUUGAGGCGACCGCCACGUCCUCCUACUCACAACAUGCGCUACUAUCUACUAUCAACUGUAUCAGAACUGUCAUAGCAGCAGCAGGCCAGGUGUGGUUCGCUCGUGCUUCUGACUUAUUUGGUAGAUUGUCAAUCCUAGUGGUGGCUGUAUUAUUCUACGUGAUUGGUACUAUCAUCGAGUGCCAGGCUGACACGAUUUCCAAAUUUGCUGCCGGUUCCUGUUUCUACCAAUUGGGACUCACAGGUAUCAUUUUGAUUUUGGAGGUGGUUGCAAUGGAUUUUUCAAACUUGAAUUGGCGUUUGCUUGCAUCUUUCGUGCCUGCUCUUCCCUUUAUUAUCAACACUUGGAUCUCUGGAAAUGUCACUAGUGCAAUUGGUACCAGAUGGCAAUGGGGUAUUGGUAUGUGGGCAUUCAUUAUUCCUCUUUCCUGCAUUCCUCUUGUCUCCUGCCUACUCCACAUGAGAUAUCUUGCUCGCAAGAACAGCCGGGAUGAGUUGACUUCCGAGUUUAAAAUGUAUAAGCAAAUGCCAUGGUCCAAGUAUAUCACUGAGGUUUUCUUCUGGAGAUUUGACUUUUUGGGAUUACUUCUAGUAUGCAUUACUUUCGGAUGCAUUUUGAUUCCCUUCACCUUGGCAGGCGGCCUGAAAUCAGAAUGGAAAGCCGCACACAUCAUCGUGCCUGAGGUCAUUGGUUGGUGCGUGGCUUUGCCUCUGUAUUUGAUUUGGGAAUCUAAGUUUUCUCGGUACCCAUUGACACCAUGGGCUCUCAUCAAGGACAGAGGUAUUUUUGCAGCGUUGGUCAUCGCUUUCUUGAUUGAUUUUGUGUGGUACAUGCAAGGUGACUAUAUGUACACUAUUCUAAUCGUGGCUGUCAAUGAGUCGGUCAAAUCAGCCACUAGAAUUACUUCACUUUACUCUUUUGUGUCGGUCAUUACAGGCACUCUUCUAGGAUUUGUGAUUGCUAAGGUGAGAAGAACUAAGAGCUUUAUUUUGUUCGGAGUGAGUUGCUGGUUCGUUGCCUUUGGCCUGUUGGUUCAUUACCGUGGUAACAGCGAUUCUCACUCCGGUAUAAUUGGGUCCUUGUGUCUGUUAGGUUUCGGUGCAGGUUUCUUUACCUAUACCACACAAGCCUCCAUCCAAGCCUCUACUAGUUCUCACGAAGAUAUGGCAGUAAUCACCGCCUUAUACUUGGCCACUUACAAUGUUGGUGCUGCAUUUGGAGCUGCAGUUUCUGGUGCCGUAUGGACCAACAUUCUACCAGCUCAGAUCGCACAAAGGCUUGACGAUGCAACUCUUGCCGCUCAGGCGUACUCCGCACCAUUUGAAUUCAUUGUGACAUAUACGUGGCACACAAUGGAAAGACAGGCGGUUGUUCACGCUUAUCGUUAUGUGCAAAAGAUUUUAUGCACAAUUGGACUAUGCUUCUGUGUUCCGCUUGUUAUUGCCUCAUUACUCCUAAGAGAUCACAAAUUGGAGAACGUCGUGGCUUUGGAUGAUCUAGAUUCGAAAAAUGAGCUAGAUGAUAAAGAGAAUGGUAACUUCUUGACCGAAUUCUUCUCCACAGCCGUGGGACGCAAGAAUUCCGAGACUAAAAUUAGAGAAAGAGUUGUUAUGGCUUGA